GGGCGACUCCAUGCUUCCUUUAUAGAACCCACACUUUCCCUUCGUUGCUUUAACACCAUUCCGCUCGUUUGUGUCUCACCCCUUACUUUCGUUCCAUCUUAUCAAGUUUUUGUGCUGCGUUGAGCCUCUACGGGAGCCAAAGGUGUUCAUUCCUUCACCAUGAGGGCCACGCAGGCUAACACCGUUCUUGUUUCCUUGGCUUUGGUGUCUUCGGUCUCGGCUUUGGUGACUCCUGAUAUCCUGCCUACCGGAUGGAGCUACUCAGGAUGCUACACCGAUGUUGGUCGGACGAUCAGCUCGGCCCAUACCGCCGACGGAACUAUGACGGCUGAGAAGUGCAUCGCUUUCUGCGACAACAAGGGGUUCGCCUUUGCGGGGACUGAGUGGUAUACUGAAUGCUUCUGCGGUAGCACCCUCGCACCAGCAGCAGCCCAAGUUGCCGACACAAACUGCAAUACUGCCUGCGGCGGAAACACAACGCAAGCAUGCGGCGGCGGAAACCGACUGACGCUAUUCAACAAACCCAGCAACCAGGGACCGCAGCCAAACAACGGCAUUGCGGACUGGCCUCACAUUGGCUGCUACAAGGAGGGAACUACUGGACGGACCCUGACGUACGCCCCUGGCGUCCCAGGCGCCCAAAAUAGUGGCAGGACUUGCACAGCUGCUUGUGAGGCAGCUGGCUAUAUCCUUGCAGGAACAGAAUAUUCCGGAGAAUGCUUCUGUGGAAACACGAUCGCCAACGGUGGCGUCCUGGCCACUGCAAGUGACUGCAACAUGUUGUGUAACGGAAACUCGAGCGAAGUCUGCGGCGGACCGGGCCGUCUAAACGUCUAUGACUACAAGAUGAUGUUCCCCGUCACUCUCAGCAGUAGCAGUGCAGGGGUCUCUUCGACAGCUUCUGCUGUUUCUUCCGCAGUGUCUUCCGCAGUGUCUUCACCCACAGUUGCCAAUCCGGGUGUCUCAAGCACCGUUACUUCGGCUGCAGCAUCUGUCACGCCGACGGCUCCUUCUCAACCGGCCUCAAUUGCCAAUUUUGUCUUCUAUGGUUGCCAGCAAGAGUCCACCGGUGGUCGAGCCCUCGCCUUGUAUACUUACGCCGAUGACACGAUGACGCUCGACACUUGCCAGGCUUUCUGUGCGACUAAAGGGACGAUCUACUUCGGGACAGAGUAUGGACGGGAAUGCUACUGUGGCAACUCAUUAUCAGCUCUCUCUAUGGCCGCCCCUGCGAGUGAUUGCAGUAUGAUCUGUGCUGGUAACCAGUGGCAGUUCUGUGGCAAUGGCAAUCGUCUGUCGGUCUACGCCAGGAACGGAACAGCAGUUCCCAGCAGCUCGAGCACAUCCGCCAACUCACAAACGUCGACAUCGUCUUCCGUCGCUGUCGGCACCGGGUUACCUACUGGCUGGACUAGCCAAGGAUGUUGGCUGGAUGGGCCUAACGGUCGCAUCAUGCCCACCUACCAAAGUCCUGAUAGCCAAACCCUGACCCAGCAGUCGUGCGCCGCGCUAUGCGACAGUAGGGGCUACAGUAUUUCGGGAACCGAGUACUUCACCCAGUGCUUUUGCAGUAAUGCCAUCUAUAACGGAGGUUACAGGGUGACGGAUCAGACAAAGUGCGACACGCCUUGUUCUGGCGAUAAUACGCAAAUGUGUGGUGGUCCUGGCUACAUGAACAUCGUAUCCAGGGGUACGCCGCAAAUUUACCAGCAGCCCACCACUCAGUUGGCCGGUCUCAAUGGCACGUGGACCUAUCAGGGCUGCUACGAGGAUAACCUGAACAAUAAGCGCACUCUCCCCUGGGCUCUGCAUUUCCCUGGUACCAUGACGCCGACUCAGUGUCUAGCCAAAUGCGGUCAGUUCCGCUACGCUGCCGCUGGUCUUGAGUAUGGCGAGGAAUGCUAUUGUGGUGAUCCUCGCGACAUCGCCAUAGCUGGUGCCACCAUGAAAGCCGACACGGAGUGUAAUGUGGUUUGCGCCGGGAACGCCUCAGCCAUCUGUGGAGGUGGCUCGAGGUUGUCUACAUACUUCUGGACCGGCUCGACGCCCCUGUACACUUGGAGCUAUCCUCAGACCCAGGAGCUGGCGGGCACAUACUCCAAUCUGGUUGGCGGAGUUGUCACGCCCCUCAUGACAAUGCAGUCCAUCACUGGCAAGGUCACCUUCUUAGAGAAAUGGGGAACUGGUGCUGAGAACAGCACGGGAGCCUACGAGCUUGAUCUCUCGCAGACAGGCAACUUUGAGAGGGCCUGGAGAACCAUGCAUCUUAGGACGGAUGUCUUCUGCUCCGCCGGUAUAAUUCUCCCCGAUAAGGCUGGUCGACAGCUUACCAUCGGUGGUUGGUCACUCGACUCCACCUACGGUGUCCGUCUGUACUGGCCUGACGGUUCUGACGGUGUUCCGGGGACCAACGAUUGGGAGGAGAACGACAACGUGCUCAAGCUUCAGAAGGGACGCUGGUACCCCUCGGCCAUGAUUAUGACAAACGGCUCAAUCUUGGUUGUCGGCGGCGAAGAAGGCUCUAAUGCUGCGGCAGUUCCUAGUCUCGAGAUCCUGCCUUACACGGGAACGGCACCUCUUUACAUGGAAUGGCUCGAGCGCACCGAUCCCAACAACUUGUACCCCUUCCUCUGCGUUCUCCCCAGCGGCGGUAUCUUUGUCAGCUACUACAAUGAAGCCCGAAUCCUCGACGAGCGCACCUUCGCCACUAUCAAGACCCUCCCCAAUAUGCCCACAGCCGUCAACGAUGACCUGGGUGGCCGUACUUAUCCGCUGGAAGGAACGGCAGUUCUCCUUCCCCAGUAUGCCCCUUAUACCGACCCUCUCGGCGUGCUCAUGUGCGGUGGCUCGACCCUCGGCCACGAAGCCCUCGACAACUGCGCUUUCACCUACCCGGACGCCGCCAACCCGACCUGGACCCUCGAGCGCAUGCCAUCCAAGCGCGUCAUGAGCUGUAUGGCACCCCUGCCCGACGGCACUUAUCUUAUCGCCAAUGGCGCCAAAGAGGGCGUCGCCGGCUUCGGCCUCGCCGACGAUGAAAAUUUGAACGCAGUGCUCUACGACCCUAGCAAGCCGGUACACUCUCGCAUGAGCGUCAUGGCCAACACCACCGUCGCCCGCCUAUACCACAGCGAGGCCAUUACCCUGCUCGACGGCCGGGUUUUGAUUACGGGAUCUGAUCCUCAAGAUGGGAAGCACCCCGAGGAGAUCCGGGUCGAGGUCUUCACUCCACCAUACCUUUACAGCACACUGCCGCGCCCGACUUUCACCAUCACGAACAAGGACUGGGAAUAUGGAGCGAAUGUGCAGUUCACGCUAGGGGCCGCAGCCAGGAAUGGAGGGAUCAAAGUCUCCCUUCUUGGCUCGGUAUCGAGCACUCAUGGUAACUCGAUGGGUGCCCGGACACUCUUCCCGGCUGUCACUUGUACGGGUGCAACUUGUACCGUUACGGCGCCGCCGAGUGUGUAUAUUGCGCCGCCGGGGUGGUAUCAGAUGUUCGUUCUGGAUGGUGAUAUCCCCGCUAUCGGAGUCUACGUCAGAAUUGGCGGUGAUCCCGCCAUGCUGGGCAACUGGCCGCCUUCAAACGACUUCAGAAAGCCGGGCAUAUAGACUAAUGGAUUUUUUUUGUCUGAGCAGGGUUGGAGUUCUACUUUUUUUCUUUUUUUCUUUCAUGUCUAUAAUUCGAAGGCUUCAUGUAUACAUAACAUCUAUUGGCUACUGUCUUCUAUCGGGAAAGGUAAAGGUUGCUGGCAUUUGUUGUGACUAUGCCUAUUGUAAGGAGUUGAUGGGGUUUGGGCGGCUAUCAGGAUAACAAAGUAAGGGACAUAAGAGUUUGAAUCGUGAUUUGGGUCGGGUUGAUAUUGUAAUAACGUCUCGCAUGAGACAAGUCACAGAAGGGUACAGCUGAGGUAAUAUCUCGUAAUGGCAGAGAGCCGAGCAUUUGUGGCAAGUAGAUCGAAUUCAACUGUCUA